GUAUCAAUUUUGUUAUAAAAUAUUUUGUUAAUUUAUUUUAAAAAUAACCAAGACCCUUCAUAAAACUAUUUUUUGCCAUUGAUAAUAUGUACUUUGUACAUACAGUGCUUCAAACGGCAAUCCGGAAAUUGGACCAUUGGUCGACUUUAAGGAAGAUUUUUUUAUUAGCUAAUCCGUCGGGUCGAGCGCUUUGGAAAGCUUCUGCUCCUUUAUGUAAGCAAAAAAAGCAUUAUUUGUGCUAUCAGUUGUACAAAACAGGUACAAACCGAUUAAACUAAUAACUUAUCAGAUUUUCGUUUAAGAAAUAAUCUCCUCAGACUAAUAUUCCGUACCUUUAUCGCCGUAAAUGGUAGCGAAUUCAAUUCUUCUUCUCUUUGCUUGGCACUACAACCUCGAGAGGUCUCGGGCCUGCCAUUUCUGGCUUUCUUGACUUGAUUUUACCCGUAGCAAAGAAGUCAGCCCUGCGUACGGGGAGGCGGUCUUCUGGAUGGGAUUUGAACCCCGGUCCUGACGUGUGAAGACCGGCACCGUUAUCGCCUCGGCCACCCGAUCGCCCCAUUUAAUUCAAUUCUAAAGUUUUAUUAAUACGGCGAGAUAUCGUCGUAUACCAAUGGUCGUACUCGUCCUGAAACGCAAACAAUUGUUUUAUAUCCAGGUGUACGAACUUCUGCUUGAAGCACUGUACGGUUGGGAACCCAAGCAACAAUUCACCACGGCCUUAAUUCAUCAUUCCCUCUUUUGGAGGGAUGGUUGGUUCAUGUUUGCAUCCCAAGCAAGGUAAAUGGAUAUAGGAGGUAGAGUUGUUUAGAGCAAAUGUCAGGUCCAAAGAGAGUUGAGAGGAGGUGUCGGAAUCAAACUGUUUCCGGUGUUGUUAAACACACCAUCCUGAUCGGUAGCGAUAGCGGUGGUAAUUCAGUCUGAAUACCAUUUUUUGCGAAACAAUCCCAAUGGAUAGUAACCAAGACGGCGCCCGGUGAUGCAUAAAACGAUUCCGUCAAAUCCAGUACGGUUUUAUUCUUUCUGCACAAAGUUCAUGAACAGCUGCACCCAUUCCGCGUGCGAGAUAUCCUGCGUGUAUAGCAUCCUUUGCAGCAAAAUCUGGAUUUAUUUGUUGCUUGCAGAUCGGCAAAAAAGUGGUAGUGAAAUCUUAUUGGCAUCUCGCAUCAAGUAGCCUAGGCUUAGCGUAUCACAGAGUGGGCGUAUCGGAACGUUGUUGGUAGCGGUGUGUAAUGGUGUUCCAGAUUGGAAACUCCUGAAACUUUUAUGUGAGGUUAUUUGCAACAAGAAUAUACCUCUUACCUUUUGCGUGACGGUGCAGUUGACAAAUCCAACAUAUUCGGUAUUCGAAUAGGCAUUCGGUGUACUGCCGGUAAGAACCAGAGCUCGUUCAAAACUAUUUGCGGGUUUGGCACAAUUCAUCUGAGCCGCGCAGUGUAUCAUCGGUGCCGGCCGGCGUUCCCAGAUCAAAAACGAGUGCAUGCGUGGGUGGCUUACAGUUAGCCAGUAUUUUCGAGCGGUAUGGCAGAUAAAGACAACAAUUUGCAAAAGAGCAUACAAUGCUCUAGCAGCGGAAAUCCGUCAACAACAAAUUGCCGAUCAUCAUCUCCACCACCAAUUCCACCAAGUUCAGCAAACAAUACAUUAGGUGCUUCCAUAGCUAUUUUAGCUAAUAGAUUACUAGUGCCAACUCGUUCCAAUCCCCCACCACCAUCUCCAUUUGUUACUCCUGAAUGCUCAUUCACAUCCAUUAAUCGUCCUGUUGUAAAGUAUGCUUCCACUAAAGAAAACAAACAUGGUCUUCCGUACCGCCCCCCAGCCUCCGGAAAACCAAUCAUUCCCCCCAAACCAACCGUACCAUCUAAACCAGCCAUUCCAUUCAAAUCAGCCAUUUCGCCUAAACCAACCGUACCAUCGAAACCAGCCAUUCCGCCUAAACAAACCGUUCCACCAAAACCUCCAAGUUCCGCUGAAUCUUAUUUUGGGCUGGCAAAUUUGUUAGACUCAUGUCCAUCCUAUUCCGGUCUCUCCCAAUUAGACAGAAUAGAAAGAAAGGUUGAUGUAGGAUUAGAGAUGAUGAAAAAAACGGCCGGGUAUAUAAAACUUGCUUUGAAUCGGGUUAAUGCAAAUGGACCCAUAGUUCCAAGAAACUUCACUUUAGAUAAAGUAAACACCGAGGAAGCUCUGAACAAGCUGAAUAACGUCCUUCAGGAAGGAUAUUAUAUGGCAGAACUGGUCAGCGACAUGACACACUUGCUAAAAAAUAUUACCGACUAUUACAAAAGAUUGUGCAUCCUAAUGGAUCUGGUUUUUGAAAAGGAGUUUUUAAAAAAAUGUAGCUGGACUGGGAGAGGAUUGCAUGAAUCAAAAAUAUGUAUGAGUAAAUAUUCUCAAAUUUUAAAGUUUUUCAAAAUAGUCGGUGGAAAUGAAGUUUCUAAACUUACGGACGAUCAAGUAAAAUUUUUUUUGUUAAAAAACUUUAUAAUAUUAAGCCAGUUGGACAAUUAACGGUUAAGAAACGGCGAGUAUCGGACUCUGAAGAACAAUGAAAUAAGGUAAGUUAGUUAAGUGAUUUAGGUUAAGUAAGUUAAGUUAGAUUAUGAAUGAAUUAGUCAAUAUCAUAAAAACUAGUUGCACAUUUUCUGAACUUUAUUUUUUCGAACAUACGUUAAAAUAUGUACAUAAAUAUAAAAUAUAGAAUACAGAAUACAGCAGAUAA